AUGGAUAGAAACAAAAUUCCUACAGCGUUUGUUUGGGAUUAUCAAAAUGAAUAUAAAGAAAAAACCUACACAGAAUAUCAAAAAGUAUUUGAGAUGAUACGUAAUAAUGUAAUUGAAAUGUUUUUCUACAUGUCUAUUGAGACCUUACACGCUCAAAUAAAGUUCAGUAAAUUUCGUUGUCUUUCCUAA